GUGAAAAUGAUUGACAACGGAUUAUGUUUUGAGAGAGAAUAUGUCCUCUUUGAACAUAUGGGGAUGCUCUGUCGUCAUGUUCUGAAGGUCAUGGAUAAUAUUGGGAUGAAAGAAAAUACAAAGAGACACAUAGUGAAAAGGCAGACAAAAUAUCCAAGAGAUAUUUUGCCAGAUCACUUGAAGCACUACCGGCUGGACCAGAUCAACAACACAUCCCUAACUUUUUGGCACAACCGGAUGUACAUUAGGGCGUUGGAACUGGUUCGACUUGGAGACGCAAGUGUUGAGGCAUAUCAAACUCUGAUGGGGCUUUUAGACCAGGCCAUGCCGGUGAUGGACCCUUUUGACAAAUGUCGUGACAGGCUAGGGCUUGGAAGACUGUGGAUAACAACAAUGUGGCAGAUACCGACGGGGAGCGAGCUGGGAGAAGUAUAUGUCAAGACGACAAAAUGUCAUGCAGCAUGA